AUGGUGACAUUGGAGGAUAGGAGAAUACGGAUGAGAAAGCAAUUCAUCUACAGUAAUGUUUGGGCUCAACAUCCUCAAUUUACUGAUUUAGUGAAGGCAGGGUGGGAAGUUCAAGUAGAAGGAUGCAAGAUGUUUAAGAUUGUCAGAAAACUCAAGAUGCUCAAGAAGGCUUUAAAGAAGCUAAAUGCAGACCACUUUAGUAACAUUGUGACCGAGGCAAAUAUGGAUAGGGUAACACUUAAAGAGGUUCGGGAAAGACUACAGAGAGAUCCCACCAAUAGAGAGUUACAACUGGAAGAGGCCAAUAUGUAUGCUAAGUUUAGAAAAUCAUCCUAUAUGGUUGAGGUGUAUUUGCAGCAGAAGAGCAAGGCUACAUGGUUGAGAUUGGGGGAUGAAAACACUAAAUAUUUCCAUUCUGUCAUAAAACACAAAAGGUUGCAGCAAACUACUACACAACUUAAGGAUGAACAGGGUAUCUGGCAAAAUGAUCCAACUGUUAUAGCUAAUAUGCUUGUGGAUUGUUACACAGAUCUAUUGGGCACUAGAGGGAACUCAAGUAUAGCAACAAGAGCCCUGGGCCAGAUGGAUAUGGAAGUGGUUUCUUUAAAGCUACAUGGUCUAUUCGGAGAGGAAGUCACUGAAGCUAUACUGGAGUUCUUUGAGAAUGGAAGGUUAUUGAAGCAACUGAAUGCAACAAUUAUUGCACUUAUUCCUAAAGUGGAUAGUCCAGAGUUUGCAAGCCAAUAUAGACCAAUAUCAUGUUGCAAUGUACUCUACAAAUGUAUCUUUAAGAUGAUUUGUAGUAGACUAAAGACUGCUGUAGCACACUUAGUGGCAGAAAACCAAGCUGCUUUUGUACAAGGAAGGUCGAUGGUGCAUAAUGUGUUAAUAUGUCAUGAUUUGUUGAGGCAUUACAAUAUGAGAACAUCACCUAGAUGCUUAAUGAAGAUUGACUUGAGAAAGGCAUAUGAUAUGGUAGAAUGGCCAUUCCCGGAGGAUGCAAUGAGAGGAUUCGGGUUCCUUAAUAAGUUCAUUAACUGGAUGAUGACAUGUGUUACUAUAACAAUGUACUCAGUGAAAGUAAAUGGGGAGAGCCAUGGCUUCUUUGAAGGAAAGAGGGGAUUUAGACAAGGUGAUCCUGCUUCACCAUUACUAUUCAUUUUAGUAAUGGAAUACUUGUCCAGAACCUUGAAGACAAUGAGUGUGUUGCCUAACUUUAGAUUCCAUCCAAUGUGUAAAGGGCUGAAACUCACACAUCUCAUUUUUGGUGAUGAUCUUAUGAUAUUUUGCAAAGGACAGGUGAAGUCUGUGUCAAGAGUACUAGAGGCAUUACAACAUUUUAGUGAGGCUUCAGGUUUGAUAGCUAAUAUGGAUAAGUCCAGUAUAUUUUUAGUUGGGGUGACAGAAGAAGUUAAGGAGCAGCUACUAGAGAGAACUGGAUUCACAAUGGGAGAGUUCCCAAUCAGAUAUCUGGGCUUGCCACUAUCCUCAAGAAAGUGGAGUAAAUUGGAAUGUCAUCAUCUAAUAGAUAAGAUCACUAAUAGGAUCAAAUUGACAUAUACAAACAACUCUCCUAUGCUGAGAGAUUACAGAUAA